CUUUUGACUAUGCACUCUGCACGUGGGCCAUUUGAGGAUGAAAAAACACUCUCUGGGGUUUUACACCCUGACCUCUGAGAUAUGUGAAUUGCCAAUCAAUUUUUUGGCUAGUAGAAAAAGAAGAAGAAGAAAGACAUUAGACAAUUCAAUCAACUUACUCAACCAUGAGCAUCACUAGCCUAUUCAGCAGACUUCUAUGGAAGGAAGAAGCUAUCGAAGAAGAACUUGAAGAAGCCGCAAAAGUGGAGUCCAUCUGGAUUUUCCCAAUCAAGUCAUGCCGUUGGAUUUCUGUUUCCCAAGCUCCCGUCACUCCCACUGGGUUCCGGUGGGAUCGGCUAUGGAUGGUGGUGAAUUCAAGCGGCAGAGCAUGUACUCAGAGAGUCCACCCCAAGCUUGCUCUGGUUGAAGUGGCUCUACCUCCUGAGGCAUUUCGGGAAGAUUGGGAACCCCAUCGCGGCUCGUUUCUCGAGGUAAGGGCUUCUGGAAUGAAUGUCCUGAAGGUCCCAUUAAUUGAGCCUUCUACUUUAUCCGAUGGUGUCUCGGUGUGGGGGUGGACCGGCGCCGCCUUGGACGAGGGAGAUGAAGCGGCAGAAUGGUUCACCCAGUAUCUUGAGCAACCUAGCCGGCUCGUGCGCUUUCAUGAAG